GGCAGCCAAUGAGAGUCAAGGAAGGAGGGAGAGAGCGCGGCCGGAGGAGGGUGUGUUUUUCUAUCACUGCAGCAUCAGCAGAGAGGAGAGGGGCACAAUCAAUUUCAUAGAGAGGAGGAAGAAAAGACACAAGUAGAUAAGGAAGAGGGCAAGAAAAAGGAACCUGAGGAGUUUCCAGAGGAAGAACACCUCUCUGUGAAGAGAGGGCGUGACACUGAUUUAAACCAAAAGAGAAACGGAUGACAAGGAGGACGAGAGUCAUACGAAGCAAAACCAAAACGUCUGACGAGAGAAUCUUAGCCUGACACCUGCUCAGCUCAGUGUGUGUGUGUGAGUGUGUGUGUUUUACUGUUCCUGUGUGAGCAGGUGUGACUUUGAUGGCACUGUGAGCGAUGCCUCACACGCAGCGACAGCAGGUUUGCAGUUGGGGGCAGCGCUCCUCCCUCCUCCUCCCCCUGGUCCUCACCCUCCUCUCCCUCUCAGCCCGGCCCAGCCGAGCAGCCUUACAGAUCCCUGCCGACUACAAGAAGCCUCCAGAGAUCACCAAACAGCCGGUGUCUGUUACCGUCUUCGCCGUGGAGGACUUCUCUAUGAGCUGUGGAGCUUCUGGCAGCCCUCCACCCAUUUUCCGAUGGACGAAGGACGGAGAGGAGUUUGACCCAGGCACGGACCCGGAGCUGAAGGUUUCAGAGAGCGUGGACUCAUUUUCAUUCUCUACACUCAGUAAUAGCAUGGACACCCUGAAGCAGUACCAAGGCAAAUAUGUCUGCUACGCGUCCAAUGAGCUGGGGACGGCCAUGUCUAAGGAGGCUGUACUGAAAACUGAUGUCCCUCCAUCCCAGCAGAAAGAAAAAACCAUCACCCAUAGGGCUGAGCAGGGGAACAGUUUUGUUCUGCAGUGCGACCCCCCACAGAGCUCUAUGGAGCCCAUCAUUCACUGGAUGGACAUGCGGCUUCGUCACAUCCAGCUCGACAAGCGGGUGGUGGUGGGAAAGGACGGCAGCCUGUACUUUGCUCAUUUGACACUAGAAGACAACAGGAAUGACUACACCUGCAACGUCCAGUACCUGGCCACACGUACAAUCUUUGCAAAAGAGCCCAUCACUCUGAUAGUCAACCCCUCCAACUCGGUGGUGCGGAACCGGAGACCAGCCAUGAUGAGGCCUACUGGAAGCAGCAGCGUGUACCACGCCCUCAGGGAUGACACCAUAGAGCUUGAGUGCAUCGUCAACGGCCUUCCAACUCCUGAAAUUAAGUGGUUGAAGAAGAACGGUGAGCUGCCGGAAUCGCGGGCCAAAAGGGAAAUGUUUGAUCGCCGCCUGCAGCUCAUUAAUAUCACAGAAAGUGAUAGUGGGGAGUACCAGUGCAUAGCUCAGAACUCCCAGGGGAAGGUCACGCACACGUACAUGCUGACUGUGGAAGCUUCUCCAUAUUGGAAAAGGGUACCAGAGAGUCAGAUAUACGCCCCAGGUGAGAAUGUCAGGUUAGACUGUGAAGCAAAAGGCACCCCCACUCCUGUUAUGAGCUGGACCAUCAACGGGACGCCCCUCUCAGCGACUGAUAAGGAACCAAGACGUUCUGUGACAGGCAACACAUCACUGAUCCUUAAGGAUGUCAUCUUUGGAGACACUGCCAUCUACCAGUGCCAGGCCUCCAACAAACACGGAACUAUCCUCACCAACACCUACGUCUACGUCAUCGAGCUGCCCCCUCAGAUCCUGACUGAAGACAGGAAACUGUACCAAGUCACCGAAGGCCAGAGUGUUCAGAUGGACUGUGAGACCUUUGGCUCUCCUAAACCUAAAGUCAUGUGGGACAGAGAGACAUCGUCCCUCCUGGCAGAUCCCAGAGUUAACCUGCUCACCAGUGGAGAGCUACAGAUCUUUGACGUUACCCACGACGAUAAAGGUUUCUACACCUGCUCGGUGCAGAACCACAACUUGUCCAUCAGCUCUGAGCUGCAGGUGUUCAACAAGACAGUGAUUGUGACACCACCCAAGGAUCUGAAGGUGCAGCCAGGGAACACAGCAGUCUUCACAUGUGUGGAAUUUCAUGAUAUCGGCCUGGACGAUCCCAUCAUCCAGUGGAGGAAGAACAAAAAGAAGCUGUUUGAAUCCCCCAGCGAUGAAAAAUACACAUUCGAAGGGCCGGAGUUCAUGAUAGCUAAUGUGGAACCAGAAGAUGAGGGCGUCUACACCUGUGAGGUCAUCACUAAUCUGGACAAGGCUGACGCCAGCGCCACCCUCUCUUUAUAUGACCGACCAGAUCCUCCAAGCCUCCUCCAGAUCUCUGAUCCGGUGCAGAGAGCUGUCACUCUCAGCUGGACUCCCGGAGACAACCACAACAGCCUUGUCCAAGAGUACGUGGUGGAAUUUGAGGACCAGCGUUUCAGAGAGAAGGGAUGGGAGGAGCUACAGCGAGUAAAAGGAAAUCAGGAACAUGCCCUCCUCUCCCUGUGGCCUUACAUGUCUUACCGCUUCCGGGUCAUCGCCAUCAACGAAGUGGGCAAGAGCAACCCCAGCAAGCCAUCUGAAAUCCACAACACACCUGCUGAAGCUCCCGACAACAACCCUGAAGAUGUCAGGAGUGAGUCCUCAGACCCGAACAAUCUGGUCAUCGCCUGGGAGAAAAUAGACUACCGAAACUUUAAUGGACCUGAGUUUAAGUACAAGGUGCAGUGGAGGCGAGUGCUGGGCAGCGGGCCUAAGUGGCACGAGAGCAACACAACAGCACCACCACUGAUUGUCAACGAUGUUGGCGAUUUUUCUGCCUUUGAAAUUAAGGUUCAGGCUAUCAACGAGGUCGGCGAAGGGCCUGAGCCAGAUCCAGUCAUUGGAUACUCAGGAGAAGAUGUUCCUCUCGAGGCUCCGAUGGAUGUGGGCAUUGAGCUAAUAAACAGCACUACCAUCAAAGUGAGCUGGGCAGCUGUGGACAGAGAGACGGUCAGAGGCCACCUGAUGGGAUACAAGAUUUAUGUGACCAGGAGAGGCUCCAGGGGUCACCACCGAGGCCGGAGGUCCAGGGAGUUUGAGAGCACCAUGAUAGAGGAGACUGGGCCCAACGACGAGAAGAAAGUCAUCAGUAACCUUAGACCGUACUCCCACUAUGAGCUGGCUAUCACUGUGUUCAACAAAAAGGGAGAGGGUCCCCGGUCUGAGCCGAUGGACUUCGAAACUCAAGAGGGAGAACCUGGUCCUCCCACAUCCCUGAUCCUGGACAGCCCCUCGGAGACCAACAUGACCCUGCACUGGACACCUCCUGCUCAUCCCAAUGGAAUCCUUAUUGGAUAUUUACUUCAGUACCAGCGGAUUACAGAGAACGACGACAGCCCCAUGCAGGUGGAGAAGUUAGAUGACCCCACGGUGACCCACUUUACCCUGACGAACCUGGAUCGUCACAGCGAAUACCAGUUUUAUGUGAGGGGGCGCACUAACGCCGGGGAUGGAGAGCCCAUUAAGAUGAGGGGGGCCACCACACUGGAUGGAGAAACUCCGAAGGAUGUCAGCAUAUCAGUGGGGGAAAACUUGGUAAAUGUCAGCUGGGUUGCCAAGAAGAGACACAAGAAUAUUGGUUUCUACAUCCACUACAAAAAGAAUGAUGGAGGUAAAUGGAAGACAUCGGAGAAGGUGAACUACUCUCAGUCUUUCUACCAGCUGCAGGGUUUGAGUCCUGGCUCUCAUUAUGACCUACGCUUCAUCCACGGCAACGCCACAUUCCAAAAAAUGACAAUCAACACAUCAGGAACAGAAGUGACAGAGGUGCAGCAGAGCAUUGUGACACAGGGCUGGUUCAUCAGUGUGGUGAGCGUCAUUGUGCUGUUGGUGCUGAUCAUGCUCAUCUUUUGCUUCAUUAAGAGGAGUAAAGGAGGGAAAUACUCAGUGAAAGAUAAAGAAGACGGUCCGAUGGACUCAGAAGCACGACCGAUGAAGGAUGAAACCUUUGGAGAGUACAGAUCUCUUGAAAGCGAUCUGGAGGAGAAGCAAACAGCCAGCCAGCCAUCACUGUGUGAGGACAACAAGAUGUGCAGCGAGGACACGCUGAACUUUAACGGCAGCAGUGUCCUGACCACGGAGGUCAACAUGGACGAAUCUCUGGUCAGCCAGAUCAGCCGUCCCAGCGUGGGUCCAGAGGGAUUCCACAGCCUACCCGAUAACUCCCCGCUAAACCCAGCCGCCAACGGCGUGCCCAAUUCAGUCAACAUCCUUAACUAACCCCACCCCCCCACCACACACUCAUCCACCAGGGACCACCAGACCAAAAUCUGUCAACACAUUUGUGCCCAUUCUCUCUCAUUCCUUUCUGACUUGCAAUUGAUUAUUUUGACAUCCCAAUGCACAGUCAAAUAUGGACUAUUCUGACCCCCCUGUGCAGUCAUGCGACCGAUGCGACUAUUGUGACCAAAGGAGCGUCCAAAGUAGUGGACCAUGUGACACAAUCCUGACCUGUAUUCCCAUCUGUUUCCAUUUGUGUGGCUUACUCCAUUUAUUUAAUACCAUCUCAAAUCAUUCUUUGUUACAGACACAUAGAGACAGAAUGUCACACAUGUGAGGCAUCAGGGGUCAUUGGUGAAGUCGUACAGCGAUGCAAAGUAGUGCAUUAAAGGUGUGGAACACUGAAAACAUUUUAACUAAUUAUUUCUGAUAUAAUCAGCCAAUCUGAGUUUUUCAUGCAGGCUGGACAUGAAAAUUGUCUCCUACACCUAUCUCCUGCAUUAGCUUCUGAUAGGAAAUAGACGGUGAAACUCUAGGGUUUGAAAAUCCUGACAGAUCUACGUCACACUGUCACUUAACAUUCAUGGACUCACCCAUCUUGGCAUGUGAUAGGGAAGGUUGUUUAGAGUCCAGGAAACAGCAGAUAAUGUCUCAGCUAGCAGAAGCUAACCAUUAGCAUUAGCAACUCAGCCAUAUGGCAGAAGCUCCUCCAUGCUUGUGUUAUUUGUGGAGAUAAAUUAUUCAUGUCACAGAGCAAACAGAGUUAAUGGUAGAGUCACGUUGCUUUUA